UUCUAGCGCAUGCGUACUUUUUAUGCUGCCAGAGCAGCCAGUAAACAUGGCUGGGGUUGUUUUCCGACGGUGGGCCCGAGCACUCUCUAAUGGGAACAGAUCUGGCAUUUCAGCCUUUCUGUUAGGAAAUAGAGCAGCCUCUGGUAUGACAAAGGACAGUCUACCUGGAUCGUACCCGAAGACUCCAGAGGAGAGAGCUGCAGCUGCAAAGAAGUACAAUAUAAGGGUCGAGGACUAUGAACCUUAUCCCGACCGAGGCGAGGGUUUUGGCGAUUAUCCAAAGCUACCAGAAAGAUCUCAGAGUGAGAGAGACCCAUGGUACCAAUGGGACCAUCCUGACCUGAGGAGGAACUGGGGAGAGCCGAUGCACUGGGAUUUUGAUGCGUACAUUAGGAACCGUGUGGAUACCUCUCCCAGCCCUGUGUCCUGGUCCUCAAUGAGUAAACAGCUGUUUGGUUUCAUCGGGUUCAUGCUGUUAAUGUUCUAUCUUGGGGAGAAAUUCCCGUCCUACCAACCUGUUGCACCGAAACAGUAUCCCUACAAUGAUCUGUACUUGGAGAGAGGAGGAGAUCCUGACAAACAACCAGAGGAAGUCAAACAUUAUGAAAUCUGACUAAAAUCUUAGUCUACUUGUGUUUGUGUAUAUAUUUCUGUUAAGAAUAAAGACUUAUGUUAACACUUGAAA